AUGCCAGACGUAGCCAUGGCGAAUUCGGCGGCCGAGCCAAAGACAAAACAAAAGGCAAAGCCUGAAAGACUGCCGAUAACAGUCGAAAAGCCCACGCCAUAUGUAUUCGACCUAGGAAACCUGAUGGCUCUAGAUGCGAAUCCAAUUGAUAUACCCGCUCAGGCUGCAUCACAUACCGGCGCUUCUUCACUAGCACUAAACCAGGCCCUGAAAGCGACUGCUCGCGACGGCGCCCAGUGCCUCGUAAACCAGCUCCUCACCACCUGCCCGAUAACCACUUCCAUACAAGAUGGCGUCCUUCUCACUCUCCCGCGCCCAACAACCAUGGUACCACGCUUCAAGCCACUCCCUACACCCAAACCACCUACCAAAUGGGAGCUGUUUGCCCGCAAGAAGGGAAUUGGCCAGUACAACACCAAGAUUGGCGGUGGUUUAGCCGACACCGAACGGAAGAAGAACCUGGUUUACGACGAGGAGAAGGGUGACUGGGUACCCAAGUGGGGAUAUAAGGGGAAGAACAAGGGGACCGAGAAUGACUGGCUGGUUGAAAUCGAUGAUUCCAAGUGGAAGAAGGAAGAGAAGAUGAACAGCGAGGGUAAAUCGAUCAGAAAUGAGGGCAGGAAAGAGAGGAUGGAGAGGGCGAGGAGGAAUGAAAGGAAGAUGAGAGCAAAUGACCGGAAGGCCAGGACGGGAGGGUCCAAGUAG